ACCCUCGGUUUCUUUCUUCCUCUUCCUGGAUUUCCUUUUCUGCAAACCAGCCAACCGUCAUCUCUUCCCCCUAGAAACCGUUGGCGACUAUCUUUCUUCUCUUUUUCCCAUCAUGGAUUUCUCUUUCACGCCAAAACUCUCUGAGUUUCCUCUUCCUUUUUCGCAUGACCCUCGGUCUCUCUUUUCAAGGAUUUCCUAUUCCCUAAAGCAGCCGGCAGCCAUCUCUUUUCGAAACCACCGGCGACUGUCUUCUUUCUCCUUCUCCCACCAAGGAUUUCUCUUCCACGCCAGAAUUUCCCCUUUGUCUCAAUUAAUCUCCUAAAUCCUUUCAUCUCACAUCUACCCCCUCCGAACCAUUUUCACGGGCAAAUACAAUCCACGCCGGCAAGUGAGUAGCAGAACGAGAACAAAUGAGACCGGAUCUGUCGAUCAAGGGCGGAGGUGCAAUUCACGCGACCCCAACGAGAAGAAGCUUCCCUGGAGCUCCCAGUUUUGACUGCAGAUCAGAUAAGCUUCUGUUCAGAUCUCUUCUCCAGCCGAAAGGGGUUAGAUAUGGGCUGUUUUUCUGCAAUUUCAAGGCCCAAAAUCACAUUUCAGAAGUCCGGAAUAUGUAGAUCCAAAUGGGCAGCUCCACCGAGUAUGGGCCUUUUGAGUGCUUUAGGUUCUAGGGUUUUUCUUUGGCAAAACCAUAAGUUAAGCCCCUGAACUGACCCAGGAUCGCUAUUAAGCCCCUGAACUCUGCAAUAGAAGCAAUUUAGCCCUUACUCUCACAGCCAACUUAAUUUUUGCUAAUUACCGUUAACUGCUGUUUGGAGGACUGUCUCGUGUGGCGCAUCUCAGUCCUACGUGGCAAGGGACUUGAUAUUUGAUUUGUC